GGGCAGGAAAGCAGUCGGGACUGUGCUGGCAGGAGGCACUGCCGGCCGGAGCGUGGGAGCGCGAGAACCCUGGGACGAGCUGGCCAGGGCCGGCUGGUGUUGAAACCGAGCGGGAGGAAGGAGCCGUUGGAUAAGGCGCGUGGCCAACGUAACUGCCGGGCCUUGCACAACGCCGGGCAGAGCGGAGGCUGGCAGCCAGGUGACGGGGAGCCUGGGCUUGGUGUGUUCAGCCCCUCCCGGGACCAAAGUCUCUCGGCAGCUUGAGACGGUGCCCCACUCGGCGUGGGGACCGCAGCCCCGCCACCCGGGAGCAACGGGGCGCUUGGAGGACAGAUCCGGGAUGAAAACCAUCUUCCUUCGUCCUUGGGAACAGCAGCGAGCACUGGUGGCGCAGGCAGCCCUGGAUGGGGGGAGGGAAAGGGGGCACGAAGCAAAGAGCGGGCACAGCCACAAUGAGCCCCACGGCUGCACGGGCAAAGCUGGGAGCCCCGAGAGGCCUGGAAGUGCGAUGGUGACCCGUCCUCCCCGCGUCCCGGCCCCGCUCGGCGCGGGGCACCGCCGGUAAGGGCACCGCACACCAUGGGGCGGUGGUGCCUCUGGCUGACCCUCGCCCUGCUCCCGCUGGGCGCCGGCGCCUGGCAGUGCCCCCGCAUCCCCUACAGCUCCACCAGGAACUUCUCGGUGCCCUACGCGCUGCCCAGCCUCGACGCCGGCAGCCCCGUGCAGAACGUUGCCGUCUUGGCCGACUCCGCCGGCGCGGCUGCGGUGUUCGUGGCCGUACGCAACCGCAUCCUGCUGGCCAGCCCCACGCUGCGCCUCCUCUCCGUCCUCGUCACCGGCCCCGUGGGCAGCGCUGAAUGCGAGAUCUGCCGCCUGUGCCCGGCCGCCACGGACGGCCCCGAGGACACGGACAAUGUCCUGCUGCUGCUGGACCCGCUGGAGCCGUGGCUGUACAGCUGCGGCACGGCGCGGCACGGGCUGUGCUACCAGCACCAGCUGGAGGUGCGGGAUGGCGAGGUGGCCAUCGCGACCACGCGCUGCCUCUUCUCGGCCACGGGCAACAGCCCGGCGUCCUGCCCCGACUGCGUGGCCAGCCCCUUGGGGACCAGUGCCACCGUGGUGGCCACCUCCUACGCCUCUUUCUUCUACCUUGGCUCCACCAUCAACAGCAGCGUGGCAGCGCGGUACAGCCCCCAGUCGGUGUCUGUUCGCCGGCUGAAGGGCACCUUGGAUGGCUUUUCGGAUGACUUCCAGUGGCUGACGGUGCUGCCACAAUACCAGGACAACUACACCAUCCACUACGUGCACUCAUUUGCUGAUGGCGACCACGUCUACUUCGUGACGGUGCAGCCGGAGCGGCCGGGCUCAGCAGCGUUCCACACGCGCCUGGCGCGGCUCAGCACCCACGAGCGCGACCUUCGCCGGUACCGCGAGCUCGUUCUUGACUGCCGCUUCGAGUCCAAGCGACGGCGGCGACGGCGCAGCGCUGAGGAGGAUGCUGAGCGGGAUGUCACCUACAACGUGCUGCAGGCAGCCCACACCGCCCGCCCCGGUGCCCGCCUGGCCCGUGACCUUGGCAUCAACGACACUGACAUGGUGCUCUUUGGUGCCUUUGCCGAGAGCCACCCAGAGAGCCGGGAGCCACGGGAGAACUCGGCCGUCUGUGCCUUCCCCCUCCACCUCAUCAACCAGGCCAUGGAGGAGGGCAUGGAGAAGUGCUGCGGCACCGGGCACCCAGCGCUGCUGCGCGGGCUCAGCUUCUUCCAGCCAAUGCAGUACUGCCCGCACAACGUGAACCUCUCUGCGCCGGUGACCGACACCGGGUGCUGGGACCAGCCCACCCUCGUCCCCGCCGCCUCCCAUAAAGUGGACCUGUUCAACGGGCACCUGGCCGGCAUCCUCCUCACCUCCAUCUUCGUCACCGCCCUGGGGGACGUCACCGUGGCCCACCUGGGCACGGCAGAAGGACGCAUCUUCCAGAUGGUGCUCCAGCGCUCCAGCUCUUACCUCCACACCUUGGCCAACUUCUCCCUGGGGGAGCCGGGGCCGGUGCGAGGUGCUGUGGGGCUGUGGGACCGCUCGCUGUUCUUCACCGCCGGCACCAAGGUGUGGCACCUGAACGUCACCGGCCCCGGCUGCCGCCACUUCUCCACGUGCCAGCGCUGCCUGCGGGCCGAGCGCUUCAUGGGCUGCGGGUGGUGCGGGGAGCGGUGCACGCGCCGCCACGAGUGCUCCGGCCCCUGGGUGCAGGACAGCUGCCCACCCGUCCUCACCGACUUCCACCCGCGGAGCGCCCCGCUGCGGGGCCGGACCCGGGUGACGCUCUGCGGCAUGACCUUCCGCUCCCACCUGGACCCCGAGCCCCACCGCAGCCCCUCCGGCACCUGCCGGGUGAGGGUGGGACCGCGCCGCUGCGCCGUGCUGCCCGCGGAGAGCAGGAGCCACAGACCCCUGCCCACCUCCCGCCGCAAGGAAUUUGUGGACGUGCUGGUGUGCGAGCUGGAGCCGGGGGGCCCGGCGGCAGCGGGGGGCCCAGCCGACGUGGUGCUCACCGUGGAGGAACCCGCUGGACCCUCCAGCUUCCGCGUCCAGGGCUCCGCCACCCUCAGCGGCUUCGUCUUUGUGGAGCCCCGCGUCAGCGCCCUGCACCCCCCGUUCGGCCCCCGGGGCGGUGGCACCGAGCUCUCGCUCCACGGCACCCACCUCUCGGCGGGGAACAGCUGGCGGGUGAUGGUCAACGGCUCCGCGUGCCCCAUGGCCGGGCAGCCCAGGCAGGGCGACAGGGCGAUCCGGUGCACGGCUCCCGCUGCCGCUGGCCUGGGUGCAGCCGGGGUGACCCUGUGGAUCGACGGCGAGGAGUUCCCGGCCCCCCUGCCCUUCCAGUACCGCCCCGACCCCUUCGUGUCGGCCAUCGUGCCCAGCUGCAGCUACGAGGGCUCGAUGCUCACCGUCCUCGGCACCCACCUGGACUCGGUGUAUCGCGCCAAGAUCCGCUUCGAGGCCGGCGGCGUGAGGACGGAAGCCGCGGAGUGCGAGGGCCCGCGGGUGCCGGAGCGGCUGCUGUGCCGCAGCCCGGCCUUCCCCUUCGAGAGCAAAGUGGAGACGGCGCCGGGGAACCUGAGCGUGCUGCUGGACGGCCCCUCCGGACGAUGGCUCUUCCGCCUCCGCUACUACCCCCGGCCCAAGGUCUUCCCCUUGGAGCACGAGGGUGGGCGCCUCCGCCUCAAGCCUGGCGACGAUGAGAUCGAGGCGCACCAAUUGGGACUGGACGCCGUGGCUGCCUGCGUGAACAUCACCAUGACGGUGGGGGGCCGGGACUGCCACCCCACCGUGCUGAAGAACGAGGUGACGUGCCGGCUGCCCCGCGAGCUGCGCCUGCCCCCGGCCGGGGCCCCCGUGCAGGUGUGCGUGAAUGGCGACUGCGAGGCGCUGGGCUGGGUGCUGCCCGCCGCCGCCUCGCUGGACCUGGCCGCCAGCCUGGCCCUGGGCAUCGGCCUCACCUUCCUGGUCUGCUGCGUCGUGGCCACCGUGCUGUUCCGCUGGCGCUGGAGGAAGAGGAGGGGGACAGAGAACCUGGAGCUGCUGGUGCAGCCCGGCCGCAGCGACCCCCCGGCCACCACCCAGCGCCCCGGCGUCGACUACAGGGAGGUGCUGGUGCUGCCUGCGGCGGGCAGCCCUGGCCCCGCGGCACCGCGGGCACGACUGGCCGGUGCCGGCGUGGCGAGCGGCGGGUCCCCGGUGCCCCUGCUCAGGACCACAUCCUGCUGCCUGGAGGACCUGCGGCCGGAGCUGCUGGAGGAGGUGAAGGACAUCCUCAUCCCUGAGGAGCGGCUCAUCACCCACCGCCACCAGGUCAUCGGCAAAGGGCACUUUGGCAGCGUCUACCAUGGCACCUACAGGGACCCGCUGCUGGGGGACCUCCACUGCGCCGUCAAGUCCCUGCACCGUAUCACGGAUGUGGAGGAGGUGGAGGAGUUCCUGCGCGAGGGCAUCCUGAUGAAGAGCUUCCACCACCCGCAGGUGCUCUCUCUGCUGGGCGUGUGCCUGCCCCGCCACGGGCUGCCCCUCGUCGUCCUGCCCUACAUGCGCCACGGCGACCUGCGCCACUUCAUCCGCGCCCAGGAGCGGAGCCCCACGGUGAAGGAGCUCAUCGGCUUCGGGCUGCAGGUGGCCCUGGGCAUGGAGUACCUGGCCCAGAAGAAGUUUGUGCAUCGGGACCUGGCGGCGAGGAACUGCAUGCUGGAUGAGACGCUGACGGUGAAGGUGGCCGACUUUGGGCUGGCACGGGACGUGUUCGGCAAGGAGUACUACAGCAUCCGGCAGCACCGCCACGCCAAGCUGCCCGUCAAGUGGAUGGCGCUGGAGAGCCUUCAGACCCAGAAGUUCACCACCAAGUCGGAUGUGUGGUCCUUCGGGGUGCUCAUGUGGGAGCUGCUGACGCGGGGGGCAUCGCCGUACCCCGGCGUGGACCCCUACGACAUGGCCCGCUACCUCCUGCGCGGGAGACGCCUGCCGCAGCCCCGCCACUGCCCCGACACCCUGUACGAGGUGAUGCUGAGCUGCUGGGCGCCGGCGCCCGAGGACAGACCGUCCUUCACGGGGCUGGUGGGUGAGCUGGAGCGCGUCCUGGCCACGCUGGAGGGGGAGCACUACGUCAACCUGGCCGUCACCUACAUCAACCUGGAGCGUGGGCCACCCUUUCCACCUGUCCCACUGGAGCAGCUGCCCCAUGGCGAGGAUGAAGACGAGGAUAAGGAGGAGGAGGAGGAUAACGAGGAAGAGGAGGAUAACGAGGAGGAGGAGGAUAACGAGGAGGAGGAAGAAGAGAAGGAUGUGGCUGUGUGCUGACGAGGUGCCCUGCACUGUGGCGGCUCCCGGAGCCCCACGCUGUGGGCACGAUCCGCGCGGGGGAUGCAGCUGCAGCCCAGUGCUAUGGAGCACCCACCUGUGGGGUGGGUGCUGGGAAGAUGCUGGGUGCUGAGGGGGCUCCCCAUGGCUCAAACUCGGACACUGCGGAGGGGUCCCAGGCUCGGUGCCACGGCAGCUGUGUGCCAUGGGGCACAGAGCUCAGCCCCACAGACUGCGUGCCAUGGGGCACAGAGCUCAGCCCCACAAAUGGGUGCCAUGGGGCACAGGCUCAGCCCCACAGACUGCGUGCCAUGGGGCACAGAGCUCAGCCCCACAGACUGCGUGCCAUGGGGCAAAGGGCUCAGCCCCACAGAUGGGUGCCAUGGGGCACAGGCUCAGCCCCACAGGCUGCGUGCCAUGGGGCACAGGCUCAGCCCCACAGACUGUGUGCCAUGGGGCACAGGGCUCCGGCUCAGGUGCAGCGGGGGCUGUGGGAUGGCCUGGCUCCCCCAGGGUCCUGUGGGGUUUCCAACCCCUCGGCUGCUCGAAUCACUCAUUAA